AUGCAAGCGCCUUUGUCAAAAAUGAUGGGUUUUUUUUUACUUUUCCUUGUACAUGCAUUUAAAAAGACGUUUUUCCUCGUAUUUUAUUUUGUUAAUUUGUAUAUUUUACCUUUAAGACAACGAUACAGUCAUCAGCAGCUGCAUGUAAAGACACUUUUCACUGCGCCUGUUUUAUUCUGCGCCGAUACAGUAAAUGAAUACUUGCUCUGUUCUGACAGUGAAGCAGAUCCAACAGCUGCUUCUUACAGAAACACAAAACCUCAAUCAAGCCUCUGUCUCUGCAGGCGGUUGGAGGAAUUGGAUUUAAGGAAUAAACUCAGCAUUAGCUGCUUUAGCUAACAAUUUGCAAUAAAAACAAUGGACCAACAUGAAAAACAACAACCUCUCCACCUUAAUGUGUGUUUAUUAUUUUUGAUUAAGCUGCUUUAACUGAGAAAUGUCUCUUCUUUUGGGGAAAAGGAGGAGAUUUCCUGUCCUUCCUGCUAAAGCAGCAAACUUCCCUCAGGCUUCGUCUUUCUGAAGACGGUUUUAACACGUUCCGCCUUUACUUUGCUGAAAAGCCGAACCCUUCUGCUAAUGCACAGCAAGAUAAACAAAACUCGGCUUCUUAUCUAAACUGACCAGAAACAUCUGAUGACUGAUGAGGAGUAGAUGUGGCCCCAACACCCAACAACACUGGAGCUAAAUUGAGACGCCUGCAGCUGAGAUGAUCUCUGAGGCUCAGUCAUUAAUCCAGGUUCUGGGUCGGGUUCUCCUCCUCCAGCUGAUCGCCGAGCUGGUCCGCGGUUACCGUGACGACGAGACCUGGUCGCUGCAGCUGCUGAACAGCACGCGCAUCCACAUCCUGCCCACCAUGAACCCGGACGGCUUCGACGUGGCCGACACAAACUGCCUGAUGAGCCAGGGAAGGGCAAACCAGAACGGCGUCGAUCUGAAUCGGGGAUUUCCUGACGCUUUCGCUGGCCUUCGAAAGCAGCAGGAGCUGAAUGAGGAGCAAAGGGAAGCUGAGGUGAGAGCUGUGAUUGGCUGGCUGCGAAGCGAAACUUUUGUCCUGUCCGCCAACCUUCAUGGAGGCGCCAUGGUGGCCAGUUAUCCCUACGACAACAGCGACCGAGGUUCUGUUUGGAUGGCCUCGCCCAGCAUCGCGCCUGAUGACGACGUGUUCGUCCACCUGGCUAAGGUUUACUCAUACAACCACGCCUCCAUGCACAAGGGGAACCUCUGCGACGACAGCGGCCCUUUCAAGGACGGCAUCACCAACGGCUACAACUGGUACAAGCUGGAAGGUGGGAUGCAGGACUACAACUACGUUUGGGCUCAGUGUUUGGAGCUGACGCUGGAGCUUUCCUGCUGCAAGUUUCCUCAACCCGAAGAACUUCCUGCCCUGUGGAUGGACAACAAGAAGGCUCUGCUAGCUUACAUCCAGCAGGUCCACCUGGGGGUGAAAGGUCAAGUGUUUGAUGGGUGGGGGGUGCCGGUGCAGAACGCGGUGGUGGAGGUCGAGGGUCGCAGGAACAUGUGUCCGUUCAGAACCAACCAGCAUGGAGAAUAUUACCGGCUGCUGCUGCCUGGAAGCUACAACUUCAAAGUGUCGUAUCCGGGUCACGAGGUUCUGACGGAAACGCUCAGCGUCCCGCACGGUCCAGAACAAUAUUCUGCGAUGAAGCACGACUUUAAGCUGCGACGCGUCGCCUCGGCAACGGUCCGCACUCAAGCCGAGCCGAGCCCGUCUUGCAAUUACUCAUUACUGCCUCAAGGUGGCGGCGGCGCGGCCGGAUCCGCCUGGAACGGACUGACAGUCGGGUUCAGCUUAGUGGCGGCGCUUCAGUCUCUGAUGGACUGAGCAACACGCUCUGGACACCGACCCAAACCAAACGAGGUGAGAGGUCAACAAAGGUCAACGAGGGGAGAGGUCAACGAAGGUUGGCUUUACUGGCUGCUGCAGAGUGAAGGAAAAGGAGCAAAACGACAUUUUGGCAACCAGGAAAAACAGGAAUGAUUUCAAAACAUAAAAGAAAGGAUGGCUGGACUAUCGGUUUCAGUAUGGAAGAAGAUUAGUGCCAAAAAAAAAAAAAAGGAUUUAGAUUUGUUUUUUUAUAAUCAGAAUCCUGUCAUAUUCUGGGAUCCAAAUCUAAAUUAUAAUAAUUAAAAAGUCAAAAUUCUGAUUUUGAAAAAUUCUGAAGCCAAAAUUUUGAGAGAAAAGCCUGAAUUCUAAGUUUAAAGUCAGAAUUUUGAGGUUAAAGUCAAAAUAUGAAGAAUUUUGACUGAUUUCAAAAAAGUCAGAAUCCUGGGAUUAAAUUCAAAAUUGUGAGAUUAAAUCCAGAAUUCUGAGGUUAAGGUAAAAAUUUUGAGAAAAAAACGUAAGAAAUGUUGAGAUAAAAGUCAAAAUUCUGAAAUUUAAAUCAGAAUUAAAGUCAACAAUUUGAGAGAGAAAAAAGUCCCAAGAGUUCUGAGUCAGAAUUAUGGGGUUAAAGUCAAAAUUCUACCAUUUUUUAAAGCCUGAAAAGUCGAAAUGUGGAGAAUUUUUACUUUUAUGUAAAAAAAAAAAAAAUUUAAGUCAAAAUUCUGAGGGAAAAAUAAUUUAAAGUCAAAGUUUUUAGGAUAAAGUCAGAAUUGUGAGGAAUAAAGUUUAUCAUUCUGUUCUUUUCACUGUCCCUGAUCCUCUUAUCCAGUUUAAUGUUGAAUUCAGUUGCACAGAAAUUGUUUUUGCAUUAAAGUGUUAAAAUGUGAAA